AUGAGUGCUGCAGAGGAGGCGGAGUCCCAGGUAGAAGCAGAGGCGAAGCCUGAGGAGCAGCGAGCAGAGCCAGGGCCCAGUGGGACAAGCAGCCGGCCCAUACUGGAGGCGCUGGCGGCCCUUCAGGUCCAGCUGAGCACUGAGAGUGCCCGAGCCAGCAGGGCCUAUGUUCAGGUGAAGCGCAAGACCUCUCGGCGUAGAAAGCCCGUUCUUGAGUGCAGAAGGGCCAUCAUCCAGUGCAUCCCCAACUUCUGGGCCCAAGCUAUCCGGAACCACCCGCAGAUAUCAGCCAUCAUCAGUGACGAAGAUGAAGACCUGCUGAACUACUUGAUCAAUGUGGAGGUGAAGGAAGUGAGCCUUCCCAAAUACCGCUGCAGGUUGAUGUUUUUCUUCCGGAGCAACCCCUACUUCCUGAACGAACUGAUCAUUAAGCAAUAUGAUGUCAGCCUUGCAGAUCAUCAGCGAGGACCUGUGGCCCAAUCCUCUGCAGUACUACCCCGCAGAUGCAGGACCCAGAGGAGGGAGCGGCAGAGGGGACCUGUUGGAGAGAAGGAGCCCUCCUGCUGGGCAUUAAAAGGAAACAGUGGAGGAGGAGCCGGUGGAUGGGAGGGGGUUGUGAUAGAGCUGGAGGCUGUGAGGAAGGAGUUGGUGCUGGAUGUAGAGUUUGUGCUGGAGGUGGAGGACUCUAUGCAGGUAGUGGAAGUAUCAGCAAAGGAAGAGGUGGUGGUGGAAAGGCAGGAAUUUGUGCCAUAUCUAGAAGUGGGGAGGGAGGAGGAAGUGGUGGCUGAAGAGCAGUUUGUGCAGGAAGAGGAGAGUGAGAUGCAGCAGGGGUCUGAGGAGGAAGGGCUGGAGGGGGAGUUGGUGGUACAGGAGCAGUUUUUCGUGGAGGGUGAGUACCUCAUGCAGGUAGUGGAAGUGGUAGCAGGGAAUGAAGUGUUGGUGGCAGGGGAAGAAAUCUUGUGGGAACUGGAAGUGUGGAGGGAGGUGGAAGUAAUGGCUGGAGAGGAAUUGGUGGUAGAGGAAAAGGAUCAUGAGAUCCAGGAGGGGACAUACGGGGAGCAGGAAUGGGUGGACGAGGGGAUGGAGAGGGAAGUGGCAAUAGGAGAGGAGAUUUUUUUGGAGCUGGAGGUGGGGAUGGAAGAAGAGAUGAAUGCUGAGAAGGAGUUGGUGGAGAAGGAGGAACAUGAAGUCCAGCAGGAGGAAGAAAGCAAGGAGCAGUGUAGGGAGGAAGAAGGCCUAGAGGGGGAUGUGGUGGCAAAGGAGCAGUUUGUGAAUGGAGAGGAGGGUGAGGUGCAGCAGGGGCCUGAGAGUGAGAACAGGGAAGACAAGGAGGUCCUGGAGGGGGAGUUGGGGGCACAGGAACAGUUUGUCCUGUGGCGGGAGGGCCUCAUGCAGGUGGUGCGGGUGGUGCCAGGGCAGGGCAUGUGGGCAGGGGAGGAGGUUUUCCCAGAUCUGCAAGUGGGGAAGCAGGAGGAGGUGGUGGAUGAAGAGCUGAGGGUGAAGGAACAGACUGAGGUCCUGCAAGGGCCUGACCACCAGGAGGAGGGAUGGAUGGAGGAGCAAUUAAUUGCAGGGGAGCAGUUUGUCCCCAAGGGGGAGGGGGAGAAUGCCAUGAAGGCAAUGGAGCAGGUAGGCGAGGCAGAGCCACAGUCAGAGGCUGAAGCAAAGCCACAAGAAGAGAAGCCAGUGCAGCAGGAGCAGGCUCAGUCAGGAUCUGGGGGCAGGUGCACCUGGUCACCAUUGGAGGUGCUCCAGGCCCUUCAGUUGGAGAUGGAGCCCGUGAAUGAGCAAGCCAGCAGGGCCUUCUCUCGGCUCAGGCGCAGGACAUGGCAGAGGCGCAAGCCCUAUUUCGAACUGAGAAGCCUCAAUAUCGGGCACAUUCCUGGGUUCUGGCCCACAGCUGUAUCCUUGAGGGUAGAGGAGCGGGACCACAAGCAGUUUGUCAACCAUCCGGAGUUGUCGGCCAUGAUCAGCGUCCAAGAUGAAAACAUGCUCGGCCACAUGAUCGAUUUGAAGGUGAGGGAAGUUGGGUAUCCCGGGGAUUGCUGUACCAUUAGCCUGUGCUUCCGCAGCAACCCCUACUUCCGCAAUGAUGUGAUUGUGAAGGAGUAUCUCAUCACCCUCACAGGAUACAGGGCGUCCCGUGCCACUCCCAUUCAGUGGUACCAGCAUUAUGAACGGGAGGCCUACAGCCGCAGGCACAAUGACAGCACCUUUAACUUCUUCAACUGGUUCUCUGACCACAGCAUGGCAGGAUCUGGCAGGAUUGCUGAGAUCAUCAGCAAGGACCUGUGGCUCAAUCCCCUGAAGUACUAUGAGAGGACGAUGGCCCCCAGUGAGCAGACAGGACGGGUGUCUGUGAAUCUUCCUCAUGCCGAGGCCUAG